GGGACAGCUUGGUCAGUUCAAAGAACGUAACUGCGACUACCUGCUGUCACAUCCUGUGUGUGAUGGGAGACAUCGCCGUGCAUUUGAACGAAGACACCAAGGACAGGAUAGUUGGUGAUCUGAUGUCGUGGUUGAAGACUUUUACUUUGUCUCUGGAGGUGAUCUGUGCUGCCGUGGAGACCCUUUAUCAACUCGGCCGCAGCGAAGACGUCAAACAGACUCAGGCUUUUCUGAACCAGCACUGCGGUGAGCUGGUGUCUGUGUGCGAGGCUUAUUUAGCGGGCAUCAUCCUGAGAGAAAAGGGAGCCGAGAACCUCAACGAGGAGCUGAUGGUGAAACACCUUCACACUCUGGGUGUGGCGUCACUCCAAUGUCCCGCCAAGGUUGGCAAAAGGACAGUGCUGCUGGUGGAGUCUGUCCUGACAACACAUUCUGACCAACUAGCAGAGAACCAGGAGGAGCUGCCAACAUCACAGCCUCUGUCCCAGUUCAAAGCGAACUCUCUGCCCACCAGAGUCCGAGCCCAUGGAGUCAUCACUUUAGGUAAACUGUGUCUGCAGCAUGAGGAACUCGUCCAGAAGUACCUGCCGGUGUUUGCCAGGGAGCUGGAGGUCGGCACGGAGGUUGCUGUGCGCAACAAUGUGGUUGUGAUUAUGUGUGAUCUGUGCAUGCGCUACACCAACAUCGUGGAUCACUACAUCCCCAACAUCUCCGCUUGUCUGCGGGACAGUGAAGCGGUCAUCAGGGAGCAGACUCUCAUCAUGCUGACCAACCUGCUGCAGGAGGAAUUUGUGAAAUGGAAAGGCUCCCUCUUCUUUCGCUUCAUGGUGGCGCUGGUCGACCCGGACCCUGCCAUCGCCAGCAUAUGCGAGUACUGCCUGCUCCACCUGUUGCUGAAGAAGAACCCCGAAAUGUUCAGCCAGCACUUCAUCGAGUGCAUCUUCCACUUCAACUCCUACAACAAACACAAGUCCUACAACAAAUUCACCCAAAGUGAGAGAGAAAAGGUUCGGUUCUCACUGAAAGGAGCUCAGCACCGGCAGAACCGUUUUCGGAUCUACCGCUUCCUGUUGGAACACUUCACGGACGCCCAGCGCUUCAACAUCACCGUCAAGAUCAACCAGACCAUCUUAGCAUGCUUUGCAGACGAGGAGCUGCCGUUGGAUGCGGAUGGCGCCGAGAUAUUGUCAGAGACCUUCAACAUCUUGAGUCUGAAGGAGAUGAAGCUGCAGGCCAUAACUACUCCAGCAGCAGGCGCCACAGGGGAGGAAGCAGAGGAGGAGAACAUGGCCACCAUGGCGAAGGUCGUCCUGCAGGCUGCACAGAAGAAGGUGGUGUCUCAGGUCCAGAAGAAGGCCUUCAUAGAGAACACAGUUCCUCUCAUCAUCAGCCUGAAGAGCAUGCUGGAGCAAAAACACUCUCCCGUCCUCAGAGACCUCAUGGCCUACCUUCAGGUAACGAUGCAGGACUACCGUAACGAGGUGAAGGAGUUUUUCUCUGGGGACGAGCAGCUGGCGGUUGAGCUGGAGUUUGCUCUGAAGACGGCUGAGAAGGAGAGAGAGAUGGCAGAACAGAUGGACAACUGCAGCUUGACAGGAGACGCCAGGACUCCCACUGCACAGUGUUCAGUCCAGGGCUCUCCCGUCAGGACCAGGCCACUCCUCCCGUUCAUCUUCGCCACACCACAGCCGCCACUUCGGAACACCCUGUCUGCCAGAGUGGCACACACUGACAGGCGUGUGCACAGUUCCAGGCGGGAGGAACAUGUCCGGUCUAAGUCAAUCGCUCUGGAAGGAACAGUGAUGUCUAAAGGAGCCGUGAAUAACAGAGCCAUCAGCACACCAAAAGGAGUCAACAUUAACUUGACGUUUGAUGAAGGAGUCAGCGCGAUCUUCGGAACAAGUGUCAUCGGGGAGACCAGUGUUCUUCACGUGCGGUCAAAUGAGCAGCAAGCUCACGGCCUGAGGCAGUGGAACGUGCAGUCUCCUCUCCGCCAGAGGAAAAAGUCCUCUAAAGUUUAGAUGACAUACCACCUUACGUCUGUUUAUUUGUCUUUUCAACAACUAGUAGUAACUACUCAUUACUUUCCAUUCACGUGCUGUUGAUUUAUAUUCCCUCAUCUUUAUCAUUAUAUACAUUGUCAUUUGUCCUUUCAUCUGUUUGGUAAUAAAGGUAUAGAAUAUGUUUUUGUUGCCAGAUUCUUGUUGCCAGAUUCUUGUCAAAACAUUAAUUAAUAUUCCUACUGUUUGAUUAGUUUUUAGCUGGGAGAAUCAGUGGACAACCAAUUUCUCAUGUGAAUAUCAAAAUACCCUUGUCCUGAGAUCCCAUGUGAAUAAAAACAUGUAA